AUGGGCAUCGCCAGCGUCGCCAAUGCCUGCAUCCACCUCCAAAACGUAACCCGCGCCCGCAUCGGGUUGACCUCAAUCCCCAACACCAAAUACAACCUCCGGCUCACCCUCGCGAUGCACCGGGCGGGCCUAAUCGCAUCCAUCACACGCGGCGGGCCAACACCACCGCCGCCCGAAGCCAUGCUUGCGACCGAGACCGAGCCCCUGACGACCGCCAACGUUGCCCAAGCCCGCCUCUGGAUCGGGCUCAAAUACUGGGAAAAUAAGCCCGUGAUCAGCAAAAUCCAACCCAUCAGCAAGCCGAGCCGGGCUGUCACGGCUACAUUACCACAGCUAUCCAAGGUUGCGCGUGGGUACGGGGUUGGCCCGCUCAAGGGGCUCAGGCUGGGCGAAACACUGUUCAUAAGCACGGAUCGUGGUGUGUUGGAAAUCCGUGAGGCGAUAGAAAAGAGGGUGGGCGGGCUGGUGCUCUGCCGGGCUUCAUGA